AUGAAAGGUAUAGCUGGUUUCACAGCCUUGCGCUCAUUCGUUAUGGUGGCGACUAUCAUUCUAGGGUUGGUCUAUGCAUUUGGUUACCAAUCAUUUCAAGCAUAUAACGAUGAAAUACAAGAAAAGUAUGAUCAGCUUUUUCAAUAUCCACUUAAAUUAUGUGAUAUGAUGGCUCCCCAUCUAUUGAAAAGAGCGGAUGAAGAUGACAACGGUUUUGGAGAUACGUCUUCAGACGAUUUCUUCAGUGCUGGUCCCACAUCAUCAACUGCCGCUUCGUCAUCUCAAUCUUUUGGGUUCUCCUCGGAUCCAACUACAUCUACUCAAUUUCUGUCUACUGCUGAGCCAUCCAGCACCUCGUCGUUUGCAGAAAGCACGUCGGAUCCUACCACGCUGUUUUCAUCAAGAACUUCAAGUUCGCACACUAGUACUUCGACAGACCUGCCAUCUUCGACCGACGGGGGUGAUGACACGACUCUGAGUGAUACUAGCUCCUCUGAUGCCAAUACUGAAAACACUGACAAUACCAGCAGCAGUGACGAUAGUGGCAACCUGUCGGCAACUACGACUGAUGCUGGUGACUCUACAUCAUCGCUGGAGAGUUCUCAAAGUUCUGAUUCAGAUUCAUCUACAAGUUCUGACACUACUACUGGAUCAACCACAGUAAAUCGGAUGACCACCACUUCCAAUGGAGAGACAGUUGUAGUUACACGUACUUCCGUCGUUUCGUCACAGGCCAGUGAAACAUCGAACUCGAACAACAAUAAAAACAACAGCAGUGGAGGUUUGUCACACACCAAUAGGAUAGUUGUUGGUGUCGUCGUUGGCGUUGGAGGUGCUAUCCUACUUGGAAUUAUAGCAUUCUUAUUUGUCUUGAAAAAGAGAUCUAAUAAGGGUUACAAUUCAGGUGGGUGGACCUUUUGGAGGAAGGACGAGAAGAAUGGCAAUAACGAUUUCUUAGACGACGAGCUUGGAGUUAGAGAUAGAAACAUAAACCAGGGUUCGAACUUCUAG